UGACGCUCUGUGCCUUGUGACAGGUCAAGUGUUGUGAGAGGAGCCGUCAUGUCGCUGCAGUUUACGGAUGAAGAGUUCAGGAGCGCGUGGAGGGAGCUGGAUGAGCCGCAGCUGGAGGAAGGAUGGAAGCUCUUCACCGAGACGAUGGGAGUCAAAAUCUACCGGCUUCAGGACAAGGAAACUGGACUUUAUGAGUACAAAGUCUUUGGUGUGCUCAGCACCUGCACUGCAGAGCUGUGUGCAGAUGUCUACAUGGACUUGGCGUAUCGGAAACAUUGGGAUACAUAUGUCAAAGAGCUCUAUGAGAAGGACUUCAAUGGACAGACUGCAAUCUACUGGGAAGUAAAAUACCCGUUUCCUCUGUCAAACAGAGACUAUGUGUACGUGAGGGAGCGGAGAGACCUUGAAGUGGAUGGCAGGAAGAUCUGGGUUAUCCUGGCCAGAAGUGCGCCACAGACACCGUGUGCAGAAAAGAGCGGCGUGCUGCGGGUCAAAGACUACAAACAGAGCGUCGCCUUGGAGAGCGAUGGAGGCUGUGGAACUAAAGUUUUCAUGAAUUACUUUGACAACCCUGGUGGCAUGAUUCCUACCUGGCUGGUGAACUGGGCAGCGAGCACUGGGGUUCCAGGUUUCUUAACAGACAUGCAGAAGGCCUGCAGCAAUUACAGCAACUUCUGCCAGAAGAAAUGAACUGCAAUUGGCUCAUGCACAAGGGCUCAGUUUUACGUUCCUUGUUUUAGUUUUGGGAGGUACUCUGACGCUGUGGGAUCAAAUUUGACUUUUCUGAAUGCGGUGAAUGUGGCACGGUGUGGGCUGCUAUACUUGUCAUUGUAGCAGGCUGUUGACUCAGGCAUGACGUGCAUGACCGGCUGUUCUCAUUACUAGGCUGGUGUGAAAUCAAUUCUGUUUCAUUGUACUGUAUUAAUCAAUACUGUAUUGUCUUUUCUGUGCAAUCACUGUAAGCUUCAAGUCCCCCCAGGAUUUCGGAGCUUUCAUUGGCUAUUUAAGCCUUUUUUUAAAUAAAUUGUUUAUACAAAACACUGUAUUACUUUUCGGCCUAUAUGGUGAAACAAUGAUUAGUUCAAACUAAAGCUUCUUUCAUAGGAUUUCAUUGUUUUAAAUGUGUUUACUGUACUGUAAAUAUGACAGAUGCAACAUACAGUCAUUUGAUUUAUGUACUUUAAUUUUGGUAACAUUGGAAUCAUUCAUUAAUUAUAAUGAAGUGAAAAUGACAAAUCUGUACUUCUGGAGGAAUGUUUGCUUCUUGUGAUUUUCUUGUCAUUUCCAAGGGUUCAUUACUUAUGUAAAGGCCAUGUUAUGAUUAUAUAUAUAUAUAUAUAU